AUGGCCACCUUCGCGGAUAAGAUUGUGAAAGACUUCGUGUUCGUCGGUGGGACAAACUACCAGAACAAUUUUCUGGCUGAGGACUUUGCCGAUCGGAUGAGUUCUACAUACACCUCGGCUAUUCUCUUGGCCAUCUGCGCCGUCCACAUAACACGAGUUUACUUCUUCAGCUCCAUAGACUGUCUGCUGCCAUCUUCGGCCACGCCGGAGGCCGCCUAUAGAGCCUAUUCCGACAACAUCUGCUGGGCGAUAGGAACUGUGCCGGUACUGGCAAACGAGUCUUUACCGAGAACUAAGGAAGACUGGGAGGAGCUGUACAACAAACGGGGAAUCGGUAGGCAUCUGGUUUAG